CUGAGCGACACCAGACUCUGUGGAAAAAGAGCCAAACCGAAGAACUGCAUCCAACAACCGAAGGUUUUACCUGCCUGAAGGUUUGGGACGUGGACUCCACCGCAGUGAGUCGUUUCACAGAAAGACGAGACAAAACGGCUUUUUACCAAGAGAACAGGGGCAGAUGUCUUGUUCUGAUUUCCACUGUCCAGGAGCUACUUUGGUUACACACGAGGAACUUCCCAGAUCUGUGGGAGAACUGAGACGUUCAGCUUCUGCAGUGAAUUCAUUUGACACUUUGAACUUGUUGGGAUUGUUUGACCGUCUUUGACGAUGCCUGUGGUCAAAGUGGAAAAAGACUCUUCAGCAGACACCACCGUUCCCUCCUCCAACCCUUCACCACAGACCGAGGAGCAGCCCCGGGGCAGGAGGAGGAAGAGACCCCUUGAGAGGGGCAAACCACCGUACAGCUACAUCGCGCUCAUCUCCAUGGCCAUAGCCAACUCCCCUGACCGCAAACUGACGCUGGGGGGCAUCUACAAAUUCAUCACAGAGCGGUUCCCCUUCUACAGGGACAACUCCAAGAAGUGGCAGAACUCCAUUCGCCACAACCUGACGCUCAACGAUUGCUUCAUCAAGAUCCCUCGAGAGCCCGGCCGGCCAGGAAAGGGCAACUACUGGGCCCUGGACCCCAACGCAGAGGACAUGUUCGAGAGCGGCAGUUUCCUGAGGCGCAGGAAGCGGUUCAAGCGCUGCGACUUGAGCACGUACUCCUCGUAUGUGCACGAGGCCCCGGUGUUCUCUCCGGUCCAGAUAACCAGAUCAGCUGCAUACUCCAACACAGUCUACCCCAACAUGACCGUCAGCCCCACCUACAGCCAGCAGCUGCCCUCCGCCUAUUACCCCUCCUCGUCCCCCCCUGGGUUUGGACCUGGUCAGACCCGCAUGUUCAGCAUCAACAACAUCAUCGGACACCCAGCCUCAGCCAGCAUGAUGGCGGGUCAAGGGUCAGAGAUGAUGCAGCAGCCCAGCCGGAGCUUUAGUCCCGAAGGUCUACCAAACGGACCUAAUCCUUGCAGCCUGGGGGGGUCUGGUUUCCAGACUCAGCCAUGUGGGGGAGCCCUGCCACCGCGCUCCUCGGCACACCCGGGGUUCACCUACUCCGGGCCGAGCAGCCAUCCUCAUCACCCCCAUCAAGGCUCCUACGGACAAGGCCACAGACAGGGGUACACGGCAGCGGGCCGGAUCCAGACCUCGCCUCAGGGCUCUGCAGAGGCUCUGGAGCACUACGGCAGAGCGUCCCCCGUGCAGCUCGGCUCCUUCUCCCAGUACAACAGCACAGCAGGUCCUGUCUCCAACAGCGGGGGGUACCUGAGACACCCCCCCUACCCUGGGAGCAUGGAGCGCUUCGUUCCUGCCAUCUAG